AUGACGCACAAUGCGUGCUUCGCCCAAAGCACGCCGAUACGUGCUCAGCACGAAGCCACAAUAAACACUGCUAUAUCGAGUGUUCAGCAGCACAAGGAGAGCGACGUGUUCUCAACAUCACAAAACUACGAAAACAGAAGAUACAGAAUACCAGGAGACAGGAGAGCAUCUCUGGGUUCCUCCAAGGAACUUCAAAAUGCAACAUUCCUUGGAAAACAUGGUGGUAAGCCCGAUUUUCCCGUUUCCAGGAGAAGAGCUUCAGCUUUGAAUGGCGACAUAACUAUGAAGCCAUCCAGCUCUUCAGCUGCGGAAACGGAAUGGGGAAGUGGGGAUUUAAAAAUUUCCAACGGUCGGACAGUUCAAGGCCAAAUAGGUACAGAGAGUGAAAUAGUAAACCCCAACAAGCUCUCUGUAGAUCUUAUCAAGUGCUUGAUAAACAUAUUUCUCAAACUGAAUCUGAACACAUUUAAGAGCAAAGGAUCGACUAACCUAUCGAAGCAGACUCUGGCCUGCAUGAACUCGAAAGGCUUGGUGUCCAAAGCCACAUUCAGCUGCAGAACGCCUGUGUUUCCAUUCAUCGAUAAUGCAUCCCAUCUUGAUCCUUAUGAAAUAUUGCCUGAACUUGGUGCCAACAUCAGAGAUAUCGGGCCAUACAAGAAUUUCAUAGAAAUAACAAAAACUACACUGGACACAAGCCGUUUCUCUGAAUGUCUCCCGGACGUGCAGAGACUGAGGAUCUUGAUGCAGAAACUCACUAAAGUCAAAGUAAACCACUUCAGCCACAAGCAGAAGCUCGCAUUCUGGAUUAACAUUUACAACGCCUCCAUAAUGAAUGCCUUUCUGCAACACGGGCUGCCUUCUACACAGGAGAAACUACUCUUACUCGUGAACGAGGCUGAAAUCAAUGUGGGUGGUUUCAUAUUCAAGGCUUCCACGAUUGAGCAGUGCAUCCUCCGACAUCCAGCAGAAGCUAAGCAUGAAUUAACUGAUGAGAGGGAAAUAAUUCUAAGGCAAGCUUGUGGUCUAGACUAUCCGGAACCUAAUGUCAUAUUUGCUCUCUGUCGAGGCAACUGGUCGUCUCCAGCACUAAGGUUUUACAUGCCUGAUGAAGUAAUGAACGAAUUAGAGAAAGCUAAAGUAGAGUAUCUGGAAGCAUCAGUAGGAAUUACGAGCAAGAAGAAGAUUUCAGUGUCAAAACUCAUGCACCGGCACACGAAGGACUUUGCUGAUGAUAUGGAGUCGCUUCUAGAAUGGAUCUACAGCCAACUACCUAUUACAAGCUCACUGAAAAGAUUGAUGAUGGAGUGUCUAAAUGGAGAAACUCAAUCUCCAUCACAUAAGCUGAUAGAAAUUCAGCCUUAUGUCUUCGAAUUUCGUUACUUGAUCCCCACAUAAUAAGAAGUUAGCAUCCCAUAUAGAUUACAGAGACGAUACAAGAACCAAAAAUAUGUCAGGUAGUGGACAAUUUUUGCCAGUAUAUGUGAUAAAACAAUAUUAUAUUUCUAGAUA